AUGACUAUCGCUUCUUGCUCUUCCUUCCACACCGUUUCCAGCGCUCUUUUGGAACGCCGCGACCAGCAGCAAGAUGAAUCCCUCCCUCGAGUUGUCUCUUGGCCCUUUAUGACUGGCAGCACCCAAGAAGAAGAGGCUGCAAGAAGAUCCGCGCAGCAACCUGGAGAGAGCCCUCGCAUGCAUCUCUCCCGGGUACUCGAUGAAGCUCUUGCUCUGCUUGAUGAAGAGGAUUUCUUUGGUGCUGACGAUGAUCUAUUCAAUGAUGACCAAGAUGAAGAUUCUCUGGCGGAUGAAGAAGACGAAGAUGCCAUGAUUGCCAGAGCAAUGGAAUCAGAAAAGACUCGCAACCAGGCAAACCAAAAGCAAUAG